AUGGACUGGUCGCAGACGUACAGAGAAGUCACAGUAAGACUCCCCCUCGACAAGAAAAGCCGCGAUAGAGUGCGAGUCCGUGCAGGGAGUUCUCUCCUGAUCACGAAGAACGAGGAAGUCCUGGUGGAUCGUGAGCUCUUCCUGGGCGUGGACGGAGAUGAAACCGUCUGGACGCUGGACGAGGGCUGCCUCGAAGUCUCGAUGCGGAAGAGGGAAAUGGGCCCGUGGAAAAGCCUCUUCAAAGGGGACCCAGAGGAAGAGCAGGAUCUUCCCGUGGAAAACGUAUCCCUCUCAGACCUCGGGGAAGAAGCGCAGUCCAUCCUGGAAAAAGCAAUACGCGACGGAAACAUGCAGGCAUAA